AUGAAUAUUUCACUUUUUCUAUUGCCAACACUUCUUGUUAUCCUAUUAGCUACGUUAUCAUAUGAACAAGCAUUGGGCGAAAAUAAUACUAACCUAACAACUCAUAGUGCAUUAACUACUGCAGUAACAACACUAAUUACGUCAAACGCUACAUCUUAUAUCACUAUAACAACAGUGCCAAUCACAACACAGAAUGCAACCAGCCGUCAAACAACAGCAACAAUAACUGAUCUAACGACAACUGUAACUUCUGCAGUAACACAUAUAACAACGCCAUCAACAUCUAAUUCAACCGUUACAACAACAACAACAACUUUAAUAACUACCACCAAAGCAACAGGUCGUAAAUUUGAUGGUUUUUCAUUUAUCGGUGGUAUUAUUCUUGCCCUUGGUCUCUGUGGAAUUUUUUAUCUUAUUGUAAGCUAUCUACGUCGUAGUAAUCGAUUACCUUAUGCGAAUUUACAAUAA